AUGGCCAUCGAAAUUUCCCAAGAGCGUCGGGGCGGCCUCUGGUCCAAAAUCAGCUCAUUCCUGAGUCACUCACCUGGUCGUUCUGCCGGUACUGGCUUUGCCAUAAGAUCCACGGGUGCGGAACCGAAGACGCGGCACCGCCAGCGGUUGGGUUCAGGAUCAAUCAACCCUCGCUUCGCUCAAUCGGGGCAUCAGAUCCUUCCAUCCGGCUUCUAG